AUGAGUUUAUUGAUACUGCCGAUCUGGACUCAGCAUUCUUCUUGGUGUUUAUGCGCCAAAAAAGAGAUUGCAGCACCUGAGUUUCGCGUAUGGUCUCCCACUACACUACUCGGUCAGGCUCUUAGCAGCUUAACUACGGUUGAUCGGACGGGAAACGGUGCUUUCUGCUAG